UCCCUUUUAUCAAAACACUACCUCAAAGACAUGGCGUUCUCGCUCUUAUCUUUAGAGGGUGUUGUAGAAGAAAGGUAACUCCCAAUGUUUUAUGCAGACAGAAAGAAAAGAGAUAGUGAGGUAACAUCCCACUCAAAUUUUUCAUGUGUUCUCUUUUCCAUGGUGUUCACCUCUAGGUUCAGCGGAAAGACUGUUGCUUUUACACAGCAAUGCAAUAAUAAAAAAAGUCUGAUUUCUUGGGAGGGUGCGUUGAGUUCAGCAGCAGUUCACCCUGUUGGGGUUUUUUUUAAUUAUGUUUUUUAUUUAUUUCAUAGUCGAGGGUGGAGAAGAUGAGUGGAACAAGGAAGAGAUGUCACUGAAAAGGGCCUAAAGCAAUGAGGAAGCCUGAAUAGAAACCAUUAGACUUGGGAAACUACUUCAGGAAGAGAAAGUCUGAUAAAUAAGCAUAAUCUAACGUGAAACUAAGGUCUUCAUGGAACUGUGAUACGUAUCAGUACUUUAAACGGGCCUAUGUUGUUUUAAAAUUAGUCAUGUAAAUUUCUUCUGCUUAAAAAUAUAUAUUUGAUGUUUAUUUGAAGGAAAUAUGUGGAUUCUUACAGCACAAUAAUAAUGUUAUAUACAAGUUCUGUAGGUCUAGGCCAAAUUUAGGAUGAUUUGGGUGCAAAAUAAUGAGGUAUAACAGAAGUGAGGUUCUGCACGCAAUUUUUAUGUGUGUGUGUGUUUGUGAAAAGGAAAUUAAAUUGUUUCUUAGGAACCUUAAUUAACUUACUACCUGGGAAUCAUCCAAUUACUAUGUAAGUUCAGUGUUUCAGAAUCUGACCAUGGACCAUUUUGCAGUCAGUUGUAUUUACUGAUCCUUGGGCCGUGGUCAGAAUCGUACAGCUAGUCUGAUGCCUUGAAGAAGUAAAGCCUACUAACUCAUGUAGAACUGUGAGAUGCGUAGGAAUGUAUCCAAAGUGUUAGAGUUCAUCUCUUAUCUCUGGUUUUAAGAAAAAAAAGGAGAGCUGUGGUGUUCAGUGAAAUGUAUUUUCAAGGAACAAAGAAGAAAGCUGCCUGUCCGGGACUUGGUCUUGUUUAUACCGUACUGUCUGCCUUCCUUUUCUCAGUGGCCUCUUUAUUUCUUAAAAAAAUAGAAGAUGUACAUUCAGUGGAAGUGAGUGCAUUUCGAUGUGUUUUCCAAAUGGCAUUCGUUCUUCCUGGCUUAAUAUACUACAAAACAGGGUUUUUGGGACCAAAAGGUAAAAGAAUUUUUCUUUUCUUCCGAGGAUUCCUUGGCUCUAGCGCAAUGAUUCUUCUCUACUAUGCUUUCCAAGUCAUGCCACUAGCUGAUGCCACUGUUAUAACUUUUAGCAGUCCUGUUUUUACGUCAUUGCUGGCAUGGAUCUUUCUCAAAGAGAAGUACAGUAUUUGGGAUCUUCUGUUUACCCUCUUCGCAGUCACUGGAGUGAUUCUUAUUGCCAGACCACCAUUUCUGUUUGGGUCAAAAGUUGCAGGGAUUGAAGGAAGUUACACAGAUCACCUUAAAGGAACUAUAGCAGCAAUUACGAGCACAGUAUCUUCAGCUUCGACUUUUGUUAUACUAAGGAAGGUGGGCAAAUCUGUGCAUUAUUUUGUGUCAGUUUGGUAUUAUGCAGUCAUUGGUUUAAUUGGAUGUGUUAUAGCAUUGUUUGUUAUGAAUGAAUGGCGUUUACCACAUUGUGGUAAAGAUAGAGUUCUUCUAAUAUUAAUAGGCUUGUUAGGGUUAGGGGGUCAGAUAUUUCUCACAAAAGCAUUACAGAUAGAGAAAGCUGGACCUGUAGCCAUAAUGAAAACAAUGGAUGUGGUGUUUGCUUUUAUUUUACAAAUUCUUUUUCUCAAUCAUCUACCAACUUGGUGGACUGUGGGUGGUGCUCUUUGUGUAGUAGCUAGUAGUUCUGGAACUGCCAUUCGUAAGUGGCGACAAACCUUGAAAAAAGCUAAGCAAAAUGAAAUCUAACAAUACAGACACUAAUUCAUUACAGAAACAAGCAAUCUUGAAAUAUAUAUACAAUAUUUAUUUUUAUUUAUUUUAAACCUAAUUUACCAAAUUGUAAUACCAAGUUUUAUCCAAUAAAAUAAGUUGAUUUUUAAAAAAAAACCAAAAUUGAAGAUGUUUUAACAACUGAUUAGGUAUGUGCUUUUCUUUCUUAUGUCUAGGCAUGCAAAUAUGAGAAAUAGAAAGAUAUUUAAAAGUUGCUUGCUUCCUAUCAGAAGUGGACAAUAGUUUUUUGGCUUUUAUUUUCCUAAAAUUCCUGAUUCUCCACUUCUUAGACCCUUUCUCUGUUCUUGUGAGCAGUGGAAAUCAAUCUCCCAGGCUUAUUUAAUACUGUUCUGUGCUUCAUUACCAGAGGGAUUGCAGUACAAAAGUUAGAGGGGAAUGAAGAGUUAUAAUCCUAUAAACAUCCAGCUUUUAUAGAACAGUUAAAGUGUGCACAUUUACAAGCUUUCUUUUUUUUUUCUUCACAAAACAGAUGCCAAAUGGGGAUUUAUUUUUAAUUUGGAUUCUAAAAGAACAAAGGCUAUUUCAUCUUUCCAAGUGAUAUCAAGAGAAAAUUAACUUGUGAAAAUUAUUUAUCAUCUUUGCUUUCUUCUUAAAAGAAUUUCAAAUGUUUGCACUUGCUUUACAGGCAUAAUGAAACAACCUAAUCCCUUUUUUUAAAGUGUGAUUUAUCCCAAUAAACAUGUAUUUCGUUGCUGCAGUCUCAGUGAUGAGACACAACAUUUAAUUGUAUACCACUUGUAAAUUGGCUAUUUCUUGUGGUAUGGAAUGUUAUGCUAUAGCUGCACUUUUCUUUAUUCUAUGCAAAAGAUUAUAUUUUUUAGGUAUUUAAUAUAGGUUAUUUUAAAUGCUGCUUAUGACCCUUUUGUUUAGAUUCUUGUAUACAAAAGUUCUUUAUGAGACCAAGUUUAAGUUGUCUUGGCCUUCAUAAAGUUAGGAGGAUUUACAGUAAAGCAUUUGCCUGUUUCCUAAGAAUUUACAAGAGUACAGAGUAAUUGCAGUUUCACAGAAGAUGCAGGUUGGCCAAGGUCAUAGCAGAGAUUCUACAGAACAGGUUUGAGGAGAGCUUGGUGGGAGGCUGGAGCUAUGCAUGCACAUCUCAUGACAUGGAGGCAUCCACACUGCACAGCAGGCAGUGCGAGUGAGCAGCUUCAGCCCUGUUUCUCCAGAUGGCCCUUUUAAAUUUGCACUUAGUCACUUCUCUUACAUAUCUUCUUGCUUUUAUAGGCUUUAUUUUGAUAGUAACAAAUACUAAGAAAAAAGGCUUGUGUUACUGAUCUUAGUGUCCUUCAUGUUUGAGGAGGAAUAUAUGUUUAGUAUCAGGUAGGGGGAUUUUCCCAAAUGGAAUCUUAUGUACCUUUGAGUCUUGUCUCAGUAGUGCUUAAAGAAAAUUUUAAUUUGGAUCUUUAUUUGGUCCUUUGUAUCAUGAGAUGCUUUUCAGUUAUUUACUCCAGUGUUUUUCUAAAGGGGAAUGCUGUGUUCUGUGGACUUGAUAUGUUUUUUUCAAAAUCACUAAAGGUGGCAGAUGUUUUCAUAUUUUGAUUUACAGAUGUCUAGUCAUGUAUAUUUUCUUUUGCCAAUAAGCAUUGCAUCCUGGCCGGGCAGAUCUAGGGACUUGAGUCCCGAGGGACUGGAAUGUGUAUAGUACUUUGGGAUGCAUCUGGAUGUGAAGAGCCAUCUUUGUGCAGGACUCUGUAUGCAAACCAGCACCCUGAAUCCGUAUACGUUUAUGGACGCGAGCAGAUUCCACCUGAGUGGUAGAAUCAGUUCCUGCUUCCAGCUACCCAUUCUCUGCUGCUCCUGAAGGCUGAAGUUCAGCUACUGGUGACAAGGUCAGGAGUAGUAUGAAACUGCUUUCACAUCUCUUUUUAAAGCCUGAUGUAAUAAUAAAAUACCAGUUUGGCACCCAUUUCACUUAAUACUCAAAACAAUCCCAGUUUAUAAUUUCUUCUGCUGCUCAGCCAUUACUGCCACUGAGCAACAACUUUCAGGGGAGGGAAGGAAAAUAGACUGCAGUUUUUACUGCUUCAUUUCGUGUUUAAUAUGCACGUGUUUGAAUCGACACUUACAAAGGUGUGGUUCCAAAGCAGUUCAGAUUGACAUGAACUUGGGUUGUCAGCUAGUGCUGCUCCCUCCCGUUGGCUCAGUGCUCAUGCUUGUGUGGUUGUGUGGUGAGCUGGCCCUGGGAGCUGAUCCAGCUACAUAACUGUUUAGUAAGGUUGUUGGAGAGGGCAAAACCAGAGUAGCCUGAACUUGAUGUCAGUGUGAAAGCAUGAGGAAAGGGAAUUAGAUAAUAGUUUAAAUUACAGCAUAUGAAUGCUGCUUUGUCAGUACGGAAUAAAAAUAAUGCGGACACUUAUAUUGAAAAAUCUCUAGGUCAUACGAUUUUGCUGAGUGUUGUUUACGCUUAGCAGAGAAGAACAGGCAACUGAAGAAAGGACUGUUUUCUUGCCGUUAACACAUAAGUAAGUCCAGAAAAUAAGCUGACUUAAUCAACAACCUGAUACAGUGAUUGGUAAUUUUUCUCUCAAGUUCUUGCAGAAACUCUUUCAAUAUAUUUCCAUACCUGUAGUGCCAAAAACCCCAGAUAAUUUUGUUUUCUUUAUCCAAACCUAUAGGGUUUCCUUAUGGACUCCAUCUACUUACUUCCUUUUGCUGUUCCUAAACCUUCCUAAAAUAUUUAAGUCAUUAAAAUAAUAAUCUAAACAAGAUCCUAUGUUGGAGAACAUCAUAUUUUUUUGAACAUUAUUUUGAUCCGUCUUUUAGAGAACUGUUUAACUGGUGUGAGAAUGAAGGACUUGACUUCUCUAGUCAUAAAGCACGACGAGCUAGCUUCUAUAACUAGCUUUCCUAUAUGAUUUUGGGAAUGGAAGACAUUUAAGCUUUAAGUUUUUUCAACCACCUCAAUUUUGUAAUUUUUCUUCCUUUCAAAUGUAGGUUGAAAACCUUAAUUUUAGUUGGAAGCCUUGAAGAGAAUGAAAUUAUACGAAAGUAUGGAUACCUUAAAGUGUUGGGGUUUUUUUAAUUGGAAAUAUUUCUUACAAUUCCUGUUAAAGUGGUCAAUUUUUUUUUUCUUCCAGAGCUUAACAGUUUCAGAAUCUGAAAAGAAACUGGCUGAGCCUUGAUUCUUUCAGAUUCUGAUUUUUCCUUUUUAUUUUCUUUUUUCUUUUUCUUUCCUUGGAUAGACUUUUGUCUCAAAAUCUUUUUUAGCUUUUUUAAGUUUUAAUAUAGCAAGUUUCUCAGGAUCAAAUGUUAUUUUUCUGAGCUUUGAGUUAGAAAUAUAUUAUUAACAUUCAUUGCCUGUAGUGUCUUCUUGUGAUCUUUACAGUAUUUUUAAGUUCAAUAAAUGUACUUUUCUAAUAGGAAGUCCUUCCUUUGUAAUAUGAUGGAAAAUUGUUGCAUUGCGAUUGCUAUGCUAUGAAGUUAAGUUUCUCUUGAACUUCAACAUAUCAAUUCAAAGUACUGAUCUCAGUGGAUCCUUAAUAGAAAGAGUAAUAAUUAAUUAUUGGUUGUUUUGCGCAUAAACACAGAGUAAAAAGAUGUAGUUGUCACUGAUGCAUCACAAGCAUGUUUCUUACAUUCUUUACUAUGCAAACCACUGUAAUCAUCUGUUGUCUUCGGUGGGACUUUAUAGCCUUAAAGCCUUAUGUACCCAACUUUUCUGUAUAAAGCUGAUGGCUGAGAAAGCUACGUACUGUCACUGUGCAGCAGCCACUUUAUUUCAGGUUAAGUUAGUUGUGAAAGUAUGCUCUAAAAGCUCUCUAAAUACAUCUGCAGUAAGAAUUUGACAAGCUCAUGGUGUAGGCAAGGGCAGUCCACAUAAUUAAAAUGGAUUUCCUGCAUUUGUCUAACACCAGGCAUGAAGUAACCUCAGCAUAACAGCAUUGGUGAAGUAACUAGUUCAAUGUGUCAUUUUUCUUCUGAAACUUGAAACUAGGCUCUUUCUCAAUUCCAAAAACUUCUCUAAGAUGUCUCUUCCUGUAACUGAUAAUGACAAGAUGGGUAAUACUACCCUUGAUCAUCGUUUAGUACAAACUCUUCCCCCCUGCAGUAUUUUCUCUUCCUUAAGCUUUUGUUCAAGAGCUGUCUGUGGGAAGAAAGUUUAUUUAUAGAGAGGCAGCCUCUUGAAGAGUUAUUUCCUUGCUAACUAGCAGCAGUUAACCAGGAAGAGACUGUUCUCCAGUUCUCUAACCAUGAUAGGCUCAUCUGUGGCAUCAGUCCCACGAGGGCAAUAGAAGCAUUAUCUCUGUCCCUGCAUGGAUUUGGGGUCGGCAGUGCUGACAGCAGAUGCGCAGCGCUGACUUCAGCAGGACGUUGUACUUACCAACAGAAUGUUUUUGUGGUCAUAACUGCCUGUUCAUCCAAAGAAAAGUUGUGGCUUUACGUUCCUGCAGAUGCAGGUAACUUCAGGGUGGAACAUACAUAGACUUUUAUGGUGAUAACACUUCUGUAUAUCAGAAUAAGUAAUUUCCUACGUUACGUGAGUUACUGUUGGACAAAAAGGGGGCAAAAAUACCCUCAGCAUUCAUUAAAGGAUUUUUACUAUGUCCUAUAUAUUGUUAAAUAUAUGUUGAAUUAUAUGUUUUGUAGCAGUUACUGGCUUUGUUAUGUAGUAGUAUAUUUUUAUAGAAAAUUCUUAUAUAUUGAAAUGCUAAGAAUAUUUUCAUAAGAGAUUUAUAUUCAUAAUUGCUAAUAAAAUGAA